GGACGAGCAGGGAGGCGAGCAGCCGAGGGGGAGCCGAGUCCUAGGGAGCACGCUCCUUUUCCGUCGCCCAUGCAAGAAAGGGAACAAAAGCCAAGAUAAAAGCAUCAUAAAAAUGAUGCCUUCUCCUCGAGACAACCGUCCGUCCGCUCCAUGAGUGUUGGCGAGGGUUUUCACCGCCGUCUCUUCUGCGGGGGAUCGUGCUGCCUGAGUCCGUCCUGAGCCUCCACACCGCCGGGCGAUGACAGCGCUUACAGCCACUCCGCACAUGAUGAGAGACCGGCUGCUGCAGGCCAUCGACGGCCAAAGCAAUCAGAUACGCAACAUGGUUGUGGUUAUGGAGGUGAUAUCUUAUUUGGAGACUUAUCCUAUCACCAAAGAGACACUGGAGGAAACCCGCCUUGGGAAGCUUAUUAAUGAUGUACGAAAGAAAACUAAGAAUGAGGACCUGGCAAAGAGGGCCAAGAAGCUUCUGCGGAACUGGCAGAAGCUGAUUGAGCCAGUGAAGGGUGAUUUGCUUUCUAAAGGACUCACUUGUUCAUCUUGGUCUUCCAAGGUUAGUGCCAAUUCCUGCACUCCAGCAGUCACCCCUUUAUCUGGUAAAACAGGCCCAGAGCUGAAGAGCAAAAAUGAUUUUAACAAUUGCUUUCCAAAAGUGGAAAAAACAAAGAGGAAAUGCACUGAUGACCAGAAGGAAGGACAGUUUCCACCAGCAAAGAUUCCUAAAACCACUCUCAAUGAUAAAAUACAAAACUUAAAUCAGCUGCCAGCCAAUGGACUAAGUGGUAAUGUUGAAAAACUUACCAAUAUCUGUGCGCAUCCUCCUUUAGACAGAGACAUUUCUGAGACUCUGGAUAGUAAAAAGCUGAAUAAAAUCCCUGUUCAUGCUGUAAAACCUCAUCCAAGUGCCCCGGGAUGCAGCAAGCUUCCUAGCACCUCUUCUUUGAUAAAAGCAUCGGUUCGACAACAGCAAGUCAGACAAGACCAAGCUGCCUCUCGUAUGGAGUAUCAUCCUCGAAACCAUCCCUGUCCUUCGCGCAGCCCUCACACUCCAAAGCAGGAAGCUGCUGUGGAAUAUCCUGCAGCUCAAACACGGAAUAUUCACAGUGUCGGUGUGAAGGCUGGGAUUGUGGAUGCACCUGAGCUUGGGGUGUCUGCUCAGCCUUUCAGUGAGUGUGUUCAGGGUAUCCAGACUGCAGAUUUGGAUUCUCAGAGCAAGUUUUCCAGUACAUCUUCUCACAACUCCACUGCAUCCUCUUGUAGGGAAGUGUUUACUUUAGAAGGUCAGAAUUCUGCUACAAAUACAGAGAGAACAAAAAGACGGAAAUACAAGCCUAAAGAUUCUGUGUUGAAUUUAGAUGGACACAGUGUAGAAGAUUGCACCAAACCAGUCAGAUUAAAAGACAGAAGACUCACAUUUGAUCCCGUAACGGGGCAAAUCAAAUCCUCCGGCCAUAAGGACUCUUUCCAGGAGUGUGAGCUCGCACCGGGCCACAGACCUGAACUGCUGAAUCAUAAACAAUCAAUACCUCCCAGUCCCUUUCAUCAGACUGACUGGAAAGAGUUGUCAAGGAGUGAAAUUAUCCAGUCAUACCUGAACCAGCAAAGCAACGUGUUGACAUCGUCAGGCACCCACGCCCCUGGAGCACACUUUUUUAUGUCAGAAUUCUUGAAAAAAGAGGAAUACCAGAUUAAAGACACCAAGAAAACCCACGUAUUGGCUUCAGAAGUUCCUCCCAAAGAACUGCCAGGGAUUAGCCGAGAAGUCAGCAACGAAGACCUGAAUAGAUUACACUCUGAACGUUGGUCUGGAGUUAAUGGUUGCUAUGACACAAAAGGUAUCUGGUAUGACUGGACGGAGUGUAUAUCCUUAGACCCACAUGGAGAUGAGAGCAAACUGAACAUACUGCCCUAUGUCUGUCUGGAUUAAAACUGAGGUUGGGGUUUCCUUGUUGUAAGUUGUAACUUGCCUUUGCUGUGGAGCAGAGCAGCUCUGGGUGUGUGAAGUCUCUCCUUCAAGCUGUGUUGUGUUACUGUCGGUGAAUAUGAAAUACAUAUGCUGUUUGCCUGUGCUCCUAUUAGAGCACGGGAGGUGAAAUCAGGUGUUGCCCUCUAUUUUGUGAACGUUGUAUGAGAACAGUUUGUUAGGAAGGGAAAAGCUAUGCAUUUUUCAUACCAUUGGUCUGUUGGCAUUUAAUAAAUGUACUGCUUGUAUUUACAAGAUGCAUAUAGGGGCAGCUCCAAUAUGUCACACAUUUUAUUCGUCUUAAGUUAAUGUUAUCCUAAAGCCUUGUGGACUGUGAAAUAACCUUAUUUCCUGCUUCCAUGCACAGUUGAUCGAGGGCAUUAUUUUUACUAUAAAUCGUAUCAGUUAAAAGAGCAAUGGCUAAAUUUGAACAGAGAUCUCCCUACAGAUGCCACCUUUGCUUCUGCAUCUUAAUUAAAGCAUGUUAUCUGUUAAAGCUGGAAUGAUCACUUUUUUAGAAAAAAAAAGUGAUCAUUAACAAUGGUAUGUUGCUAGUAUCAAUUACAUUUUUGAAGACCUCCUUUAAAACGAAUGUUCCUAUCCUGUUUGCCACAAAGAGCCAACAAAUCAAUCGGAAAACGAUUCAGUAUUUUUCUUGUUUGCCAUUAACACAAAGGUAAUAUGAGUUUUUGGUGAGACGGGGGGAAAAGUUCUAGCUUUCCAGAUAUAAUUGUACAAGCUGAUGAAGAUGUCCUACAAGAUAUUUAUUAAUAUUUUCAACGUUUAACCAUCUUUUUUGAGAGGUCUUUGUCCAGAAUUGGUGUAAUGAUACGUCAGUGAUGCUGCAUAUUCCCUGUCGAUGCCACCGACAUACUGUACUUUAUUCAGAAAAAAAGUUGACGCUCUAUAUUUAUGUACUUAUUUUUAAUAUUGCCUUUUCCAUUUAGUUUUUAUGAAGUAGAUUUGUAAAAUGUGAAUUGGAAGGGCCAAGCAGAUUGUGCUUGCUUACACCCUUUCAUCUUUGGACUGGCUGGGAGAACUGAGAUACAAACUGAGAAGCUGGAUAAAGUACUUAAUAGCAUUCCUUUAGAUAUUGUUUGCCUUAUGGAAACCAGCGUUUCCCCUGAAGACAGAGCCUUAGUGAAUGGAUGGGUGUUAAACUUUUGUGUUCAAUUGAAUGCAGAAGAAAAGAUUUGCUACCUAGUCCAAUAAAUGGACAUGUUAAUAUAUGUUAAUAAAAAAAGUG